CGUCAGCGCAGCCUCCGCCCUCCGCCGCUUUGCUGCAUCACCAGGUCGUGCAGCUGCUGCUGGGCUGUUAGAGCCAGGCCCGAGUCCCCCGACCCCAGCCCGGACCUCCCCGCCGCGCACACAACGCCCAGCCCGCCAUGGCCAAAGUGGAGCAGGUCCUGGUCCUGGAGCCUCAGCACGAGCUGAAAUUCAGAGGCCCCUUCACAGAUGUCGUUACCACCAACCUGAAACUCACCAAUCCCAUAGAUAAAAACGUUUGCUUCAAAGUGAAGACCACAGCGCCUCGCAGGUACUGCGUGCGACCCAACAGCGGGGUCAUCGAGCCCGGCUCCUCCGUCAACGUGUCCGUGAUGCUUCAACCGUUCGACUAUGACCCCAACGAGAAAAGCAAACAUAAGUUCAUGGUCCAGUCCAUGGUGGCCCCACCAGACACCUCUGAUAUGGAAGCGGUAUGGAAAGAGGCAAAACCAGACGACCUCAUGGAUUCCAAACUUAGAUGUAUGUUCGAGCUGCCGGCCGAAAACGAUAAACCUCACGAUGGAGAAAUCAACAAGAUCUUAUCCAGCAGCGUAACAAAGACAGAAUCUUCCUCCCUGUCCAAGUCAAUAAGCUCCAACCUGGAUGACCCGGAGUAUAAGAAAGCGCUAGAAGAUAACAAGCGGCUGCAGAAUGAAAUCCAGAGGCUACGAGAGGAAAACAAGCAGUUUAAGGAGGAAGAUGGCUUGAGGCUGCGAAAACUCCAGGCAACAAGCGGCCCAGCGCCCCCGUCGUCCCGGAUGGUAAAAGAGGAGACCCUCAGCAACCGGACAAUCGGCCUGAUCAUCCUCUUCUUCCUUAUCGGCGUCCUCAUAGGGAAAGUGGCCUUGUAGACUGAGCAUGCGGGGGAGAAAAAAAAAACAAAACAAACCUGAAAACAUACUGUCAAUGGUGUAGCCAUAUCAAGACGAUUAAAUUUAUUCAUAACCAUGUUUAAAAGAUGGAGAGAAAAUGUAAAACAUUUCACAGGUCUUGCCUUUAAGUUCCUCCCUGCACAAUUAUAACGUAACGCUUCUAGGGUCGGUAUGAUUCAUUAGAUCGAAUAACCAACAUGACUAAUACUUUAACAUCAUACUGUAAAACGUCGUUUUAAUGAAGAAAAAAAAACACACAUUUUUAACCUCUGGGUAUGUGUUACUGGGUUUACCUCUUUUAAAGAAAAAAGUAUACAUAAAUCCUUAAAAACAAAAAAAAAGUUUCCCGGCCGCUGGCGUAUCCGCCCACCGCGUUUGCGCUUUUUCCAAAUGGUGAUAGGUGGUAGGACCCCCCCCCUUUCCAGAUUCUAUACAUAUAUAAAUAUAUUAAUCAUACAUGCUACUUGUAAAUUAUAACGCUCAUGUAUUAUUUGUGUACAAAAUGUUCAUAGUCGAUCUGGAUUUUGUCCACCUUCUUAAUCCCGGCUUUGACGCCUGCCCCGCACUCAAAAAAAAAAAUAGGAAAGAAAAAGAAAAAAAAUAACGCUUCUGGUCUUUCUCUCCCCGUCCCGCGUUUAGAAACACGUCUCUCCGUUCUCGCUUCAUCCCUUUACUUUCUUUGUCCGGGUUCUUUGCGUUACGGUUUGUACCGAGUUUGAAAUUCGUACGAUAGGUUCGGAAAAAUCAGUUUGCUGAGUUUGCAAAGAUGUUUUAGGAAGAAGCGUCGGUCGCACAAACCGCCUCGAGGUCAAUUGUUCCAUGCCUUUCUAUACGGUUAUCGGUUACAUAUAGGACUACCUUCAAAGGGACCAAGCAAGGGUUGCCUAGUGGCUUUAUUUAUCCUUUGGUGUUGGACUCGCCUGUAUUUUAAGGGUUAAGCCCCCCCCCCGAAUGCACAUAGGAGCCGCAGAAGCACGGUGCAUGUUUUGUCUUCAUGAUAUACGGUGUACGCACAUACAUGUAUAUACACACUUUUGGCUUUUGCAGUAGCAGCUAAGAGUUAGUGUUCAGUUCUAUCUGUCUCCCCGUUUUAUUUCGGGGGGCCACGAGGUAAUAGGUGUUAACAUCCCCUCUUACAAGACCCUCGUGUACAUUAAACCUUUCGGAAAUAUUUCACCUCUUUUGUCUUUUUUUUAUGUGCGAUUGUUUAGGGUUUGCUGCCGCCAGGGGGCAGAAUUUAUAACCCUGGGCAUUUCCCGGAUAUUUUUGGCCAAAAACAGGUUCAGGCAGUGUUCGGUAAUGGCCCGAAUGAGCAGGUCGCGCGUGUUGAGACGUCAGAGGUUUCUUUGGUGCUCAGCUGCCCCCUAGUGUCUCCGUAAGGAACGGCAGCCAGCGCCCGUGUUUAAAAGCCACCCGACGCAUUCAUACACCUGUCGAUAUAUGUAGACUUGUAUCUGUUUUUUUCUUAUUUUGUUUUCCUCCCCUGUAACGAAAGAUUUUGAAAUCGCAUUUCCGGCCCCCAGCGAUGUAUUAAGUUUCUGCGUAUUCUGCACCCGACGUAACAGCCCGGGCAAAAACCCCUCACCCCGGUCUUUAACACAAGCACAUCGGCGCGUAUCCGUGGGGAGACACUCUUUUGUUUCGUAGGGUAUUGCAUUCCACCCGGCGCCGUAUCGCAUGUCCGAUGUUAACACUUCCCACCCCUGCAGUCUUCCAGUCCGUUAAAAGUUCUGGGGCAGUUUCUGCCGCAAACUGUUUUGUUUUGCGAGAAAAAAAAAAUCUGCGUUCAUCUUACUGAUUCCUCCUGUGCCAAAACAUUUGCUCGGUGUUACGGAAUAAGGCUCUUUUGUUUUCGGAAGGGGUUAAAUUGUACGUCGCAGGCUCGGUUUGCCUCGUGUUGUAUUAGGCGCUGUCGGAAGAUGACGGAUCUCAUCGAGCAGCUUUUAGUGCGGGAAACGGCGUCUGUUUACUUUCUGAAGACCCCGCAAAAUAUUUCCUCUCGUUUUAGGCGGUGAUUUAUCUGAUAAUUUGGCUUCGAAUAGCUUCUGUACGGCUUUGGGGAUUAACGUAGGAAAAAAUUAUAUAUAAAUAAAAGGUUUGUUCCGUUUUAAUAUACCAGGAAAAAAAAUAACUGUCUUUUCACAAAACAGGAUUGUCAGCGCCCUCUUCUAAAAUUGUGAAAAUAUUAAAGAAAAAGAAAGAAUUGAUUUUUUUUGUCUGAAGUUGGUUCUGUUUUAGAUGUUCACCAGUAUUCUGUACCCGUUACUAGCCACUGGUUAAUUUUUAACCCUCUGUUGCAAGUCUAUGGCAUCGGCCGGGUACCCUACUUGGUUAUAUCGGUUAUCGUUAUAUUUCGACCAGAAAAAAAAUGAAAUAGAACUUGCC